UCAUCAUGCUUAGAUCCGUACUGGGGCUACCCUUGGUAGCCUUCUGUCUCUUGGGGGACGUCUUGGCUCGCUCAGCAACUGGUGAUCGGGUAUUGGUCGUCCUUGAACCUCACUCAGACAAGGGGGACUAUUCAAAGUUCUGGGCUUCUCUCACAGACCGAGGUUUCGACUUGACCUUCAAAAAACCCAAUGACGAUAGCGUCGAGCUGGUCAAGUUUGGUGAACCCCAGUAUGACCACUUGAUCAUGUUCGCCCCUUCUGCCAAAAGUUUCUCUCCAUCAUUAUCACCCAAAACUAUUAUCGAAGCUCAAUACACCCACCUCAACACUCUGUACCUCCUUUCCCCUUUUCUUUCUGACCGCACGAGGGAGACGAUGAGGGAAUACGAUCUCGAAUUCAUCGAACCUAACUCUGUCCUUCUCGAUGCUUUUUCUCAUCCACCUUCUCAGCCAGAAUCCAUAGUAGUACUCCCACCAAACACCUGCCUUGUCCCCACUCCUAUACUAGCAGAAACAACUCUGUCAGGUGGACCUAUCGUCUACCCCUCGGGUACGGUACAUACUGCAGGACUAAACCCUUUUUUGAUCGAUGUCCUGCACGCAACUAAGACUGCCUAUGUGGGAGAAGAACAAAACCUUGAUGCGGAUGAAAGUGCUGUGGAGGAUACGUUAGGGGGUAAGACUAGUAAAGGACCGCUGUUUAGUGGGAAAAGAGCUAUGCUGGUCAGUGCUCUACAAACGAGGGAUAAUGUGAGGAUUGGCUUUGUGGGAAGUGGUCAAAUGUUCUCCGACAAGUACUGGGGGACAUCUGUUGAAUCUAUCACUGGUCAAUUGGUUGAGACUGGAAACGCUGCCUUUGCAGAGGACUUCACCAAAUGGAUCUUCCAAGAAAGAGGAGUCGUCAAGGUUAUCUCAACAGCUCAUCAUCGGCAAUCAGAAAAUCAACCCAGAGAGCAAUACACCAAGAAGGACGAUCUGGUAUAUUCCGUAACUCUUGCAGAGUACUACACGACAGACAACCAAACGGCUGCCUGGGGACCGGUACAUCUAGAAGACCUACAAUUGGAGUUUACGAUGCUCGACCCUCACAUUCGUACUGCGUUGAUCGAAGAUACAUCGGUCACUCCUGAGAUGGGAACGACGUACACCGCGAAGUUCAAAGCUCCUGACAGACAUGGUGUAUUCAAAUUCAUGGUGGAGUAUUUCCGGCCAGGCCUGAGCUGCAUUGUCACCACAUCAAUGGCCUCUGUCGUUCCUCUUCGACAUGACGAACACCCACGAUUCAUCGUAGGAGCAUGGCCCUUCUACACAGCACCAAUCUCCAUCAGUUUCGCCUUCCUCCUGUUCUGCGGGUUGUGGGUCAUGUUGGGGGAAGACGACAAGAAAGGAAAGAAGAAAGCGGAGUAGCAUUUAGAAGGAAGUGACCUUCGACGUGCAUCAUGUACACCUGCAUCUACUUGAUUUGACCGAUGUUGUGUUUUUCUC